AUGUCGUGGUCGCAAAAGACUUUCACACUGCCCGCUCAGUCCCGCGGAGCCUACUUGAUUACGGACAUUGUGACGAAGGAGGUGCCGGAGAUCAAGCAGUACAAAGUGGGGUUGCUGAAUUUGUUCAUUCAGCAUACGAGCUGUGCGUUGAGCUUGAAUGAGAAUUGGGAUCCGGAUGUGAGACUGGACAUGAGCGACACCCUCGACCGCAUCGUGCCCGAGGCCACAAGCAAGAACCCGGACUUGUACCGACACAACGACGAGGGCCCGGAUGACUUUCCUGCCCACGUCAAGUCUUCCUUGAUCGGUACUAGCGUGACGAUUCCCAUCACGAACGGAAAGCUGGCCACCGGCACAUGGCAAGGCAUCUGGUAUCUCGAGUUCCGCGCUCAUAAGCACAGGCGCAACAUAGUAGCCACCAUUCAGGGAGAAAAGGGAAAGGAGUAA